AUGGAUUUAUUUGGCGUUGGUGAUUUUUUACCAUAUUCGAGAUCAAUUUUAUCACCAAAAGUAGAAAAAAAAUCAUUUUAUCAUCAUCACCAUCAUCAUCAUCAACAUCAUUAUUAUCUACAACAACAACAACACAAGCAAAAUCAACAGCAGCAGCAACAACAACAACAACAACAACAACAACAGCAAUGUAAACAAGAACAAGAACGACAAGAACAACAACAACAACAACAACAACAACAGCAAUAUGAUAUUCGUCAGCCAAAAUCUCAACCAUCGUAUAUUGGCCUUAUUGCAAUGGCAAUUCUAAGUUCACGGGAGCAAAAAAUGGUACUUUCUGAGGUUUACCAAUGGAUUACCGACAAUUAUCCAUAUUUUCGAACACGUUCUGUUGGUUGGCGAAAUUCAAUCAGACAUAAUUUAAGCUUAAAUGAUUGCUUCAUUAAAGCUGGACGAUCAGCAAAUGGAAAGGGACAUUAUUGGGCAAUCCAUCCAGCAAAUUUGGAUGAUUUCAAAAGGGGCGACUUUCGAAGACGUCGAGCACAACGAAAGGUACGACGUCAUAUGGGUUUAAUGGUAAAUGAGGAUGAAUGCUCCGAUGAUAGUCCAAUUAGUACACCAAAACCAAUUAAGAAAUCAUUUACAAUCGAUUCAAUUUUACGACCAGAAUUUCCUCAGCAACCUUUGCUACCAUUUAUGCAUGCUCUUUUACCUUUGCAAUUACCGUACCACUUGUACAGUAAUUACUCCUAUGUUUAA